UCCCUUGAGCGGCGCCUCAAGCAGCUGUGGAUCAGUGCUUGCUGCCUUUUUUUAAAGCGGUGGGUUCGUUCGCAGAGCUGCGCUCGUUGGGCGCUACCUUCGACGUGGAAGCGGUUGUUCCCUUCCGCUGGAAAGGCGGCCGUCGUCCGUCUUUGCGGUGAAGUGGGAAGGUCGAUCUGAACUAAUGGGGCGAACACGGGACAACGAUGUCCGCACGGCAAGACUCUCGUCGAGUGCCUGCCAACGAACUUUUAAACGGAGUUCAGCGAAGUGGUUCUUCAGUAAAAUUAAUAACUUGGUUGUGUACUGAAGCUUUCGUUCAAUUGGAUUGCGAGCUUGUGAUCUGGUGCGCGUCAUUGGAGAAGGAAACGUUGCUUGGGGGCCGAUGACAAAGCUGCUGGUAUGGUAGACAGGGUGAGGACAAGGAUGGCGGCGUUAUUCGCCUGUAGGGUUAGGAAUAGGAUAGGGGUGUGUUGGUGGGUGUCUUCUGUUCCAUUCUGCGGAAACAUCGCACCGUUCGCUGCUUGUAGUGAUGACAUGUCGUGCUGUCGGCUGUGAGGUGUUUGCGUAGUCUUGUUUCCAGGGGGGACUGUUUGUGGUUGACGUCGAUAUGGAAGGUCGGGAUGUGUAUCACUGGCGACGAAUGUCUCAAGUGAUUGAGUGGAAAUGAAAGCGAUACGUAACGCGCUCCCUUUGCAGGAGACGUGCACCAGCGUGUAUUUUUGAAACUCGCUAUCUCUUUCUCUGCGUUGUUCCCUUCGGGGGAGGGUAUUUUGCGAUCCACAGUCGAUUUUGGAAAACACUUUCAGUCUUAAGCGCCUCGCUCCAUGCACAUCUAUAUAUGUAAUCAAAUUCAUGAUCGUCCAGAUACUUAAAGAAUGUUGGACUCGUCCAGAUGCACCUGGACCAGAAAAUGUCCAAAUGCAUUAGUAUGUUGAUCAGUGGAGCGAGGGCCUAUCAUUCCGAGCUAGUUACCAUGCGAUCUAUUCAGAUCAAGAUGGUAGCUUCCGAUGUUAACGGAAGUGCUGUUGUGCUCAAUAUACUGCUAGUCUGAAUGCACCUGUUCCAGAAAUCGUCCAAUUUCUUGUUGUUUUGGAGGGAGGGACUUACCGUGUCGAGUCGAUGACGAGAACUCUGUUGCAUUCGAAGGGUAGAGGAAGUGGGUUAAUUUUGUGACGUCGUGCUCGAGUCCUUGCGUGGCGUCGAAGUAAAAUGUCAGGACAGUUUUGGUUGGUUGAGAUUUGGCUUGUGUUCAAGCAUAUAGGAUACUGACCGUACGAUCUUGUGACGAGGGGGACAUCCUUAUGGGUGAUAAGGAAGCAUCAGUAACGCAGCAGUUGGUUGAUGAGACUCGCGUAGAUUCUUUGGUCGAUCAUGUCUUCACGUAUCCUUUUUUGUUCCCUCUUUUCCGUGGUACAGGGUCAGCUAGGGUUUGUAAAAUUACUCACAUCUGUAUGUUAUGAGCUAUGGCGGCGCUGUCGAGGUGCUGGUUUCUUGCAGCCGAGUUAGGGAUAUAAUCUCUGGAGGGGUAUGAAAGAUUUAAUAAGCAGCUUUACAGGGUGGAAACGGUUUACGAGAGUCAGAAAGUCGUGUGAGCUUCGUACGCCCUCCCCCCUCCCCUGGCGUUGUUAAUGGUACACAACAGUGGAUGGCCUCGUCACGCGGCAGAAGUGCGUCGUCGUUAUUCCGGAGGAACUUGUCCCUCGUCUUGGGUGGAGCGGCUUUUUUCGACGGCCGCGUGUGAACAGAACACACCUAUCUGCGAUCGUGGUUUUGCGUGUCUUUUUUGUUCUCGAAAGUCUGGGAGGUUUUCUUUUUUAUUCGAUUGGGAUGUAAUCAACAAGAACGUCCUUGAAUAUUUUUGUUAAUUUGUGUAUGUUUGUGUCGUUGUUUCUGCUGCUUAUGCUGUCGCGUAAUCUUUGUGUAUCUUUUUCUCGUUGUUGCUGCUGCUUAUGCUGUGGGAGAAGGUAAGAUGAUAAUUUCUUUGCGUAAUCUUGUCGUGUACGUUUUCGUCGUUGUUUCUUUUUCGUAUGCUGUUGGAAGUUAAAUGAUCUUUUUGUGCAUUUUUUGUCGUUUUUUCUGCUGCUUAUGCUGUUGGAAAUGAGAAGGGAAAUUCUUUUCUUCGAUCGAAUCUUUCACAUCCCGAAGGUGUGUGUUGAGUCUUGUAUUUGUCGGCCGAAUGCUCCUGUUGUUUUCAUCCGAAUAGAACGCACGGUCAUUAUUGCUUUAUUUGGGGUUACAUUCAUUCUAGAGAUAAAGCGAAAGUGACCGUACUUUUUUGGUCCUGGCUCUAUAGCCAUUCUGGGGAGCGUCAGUCCGGUUGGAAGUCACCCUACUUUCUAGGUGCUAACCAUGCAUGUCGAGCCUUCGUUAUUGUCAGCCAAAUACGCUUUGCCGUCUUCCCGCAGAUAGAACGCACGUCACUACGCUGUAUUUGGGGUAACAUCCGGUCUAGAUGAAGCGAUAACAUUACUGUACGUUCCAUUCUGGGAAAGACGUUACUCAUAUAACGAACCGUAUUUUAGCUCUGCUAGUUGUAGCGGUAUGGAAAACAAUUAUUUGGGUGAGGUGGCAGCGCACGGUUCCUUCGGUCUGCCGUCUUCCCCGAACAAGACGCACACCCUUAUUUUGGCUGCACCGAUCCGGAAAAGGGUUGUAUACGGUCGUUGUGAGGGUGUGUUGGGAGAGAAUAGGCGCUUCAUGUGAACGAAUUCUGAACAUUCCGUUGUCAAGUGCCGCCGAAGGCACCGCAUGGCUUCGUUCUAUGGUUUUGUCCCUAACACGGCAUGUACCCUCCUCUUGCCUGCACCGGGCCGGAGAGAAAGCAUGUGUACAGUCGUUUAUUAGGGUGUGUUAAGUUCGGGGGAAGGCGGUAGCUCGUCUGAACUCCGUAGAGAACCUCGAAAUCUACGGUCUUCCCCGUAACACGUUGCAACCUCGUUUUGGCUGCAUCGGACCGGAAAGAUGGCUUGUAUACAGUCGUUGUUGGGGUGCGUUGUGUUCGGGGGCAGACUAUCUACGGGAACCUGAUUUCGUUGCGGAUCUGUGAAUUGAAGCUGUCGUAUUUAUAAAAUGUCUCUGCAGUGGUGGAUCCGAACGUCUGGAGUGGAUGGCAGCUGUCGUGUGUGGAUGGUUGUGGUAUUUGAUGUUUCUUAUGUGAGUUUAUAGACUAAGGCAGUGUUCCCUACUAUAACUCAUCUUCCGUGGCAUUGCCACAUCCAAGGCAUCGCGUUUUUAGUGGCUACGCGUGUUGUAUGAACUUGACAUCAAGAGGAUUUAUGAUCGUGGAUGUUCAAUUGUGUACUUGUCUAGGUAACCGCCGUGAAUGAAUCACACCGGUUGUG